CGAUAGAUUUGAUCCGAUGAUGCGGAAUGCACGCGGAGGGCCGUGUGACCGUGCGGUUCGGAAGUGGUGACUGAUUCGGGGCGAAAGGCGUGCUGCGCCAGUCAUGCUCUCUGGACUGCACGCUCUUUCUGCCAUGGAGGAUCUGCUGUGGUGCGGGGCUCACUCUUCCCCGUCGCCAUUUCCUCCUCUCCUCUCUCCUCUUCUCUUCUCUUCCCAAUCCCAACCUCAAUACAUCGCCUCUCCUAACAAAUACACGCACAUGUCAGUGCCGUCAGCAAACACAGAGAGCUCGCGGCUCCUGCAUGAGUCGUCUGAACCAACAGCAUUGCCCAUUGACGACAAUGGCCCUGCCGAGCAGCCUCAGACUCGACAUCGCAAGCAUGCGGCACUAGCAUAUGUUGGCGCUCUGAUUGCCCUUAUUUUCGUUGGCGGGAUACUGGCCAAGGCAGCUUCAUUUGGCGAUUCUGAUACGCGCUCGACCUUGGUGACUGCAAGAAACGGAGCUGUUGCAACCGAUGAGCCCCGGUGCUCAAAGAUCGGAAGUCAAGUGCUUAUUGACGGCGGGAAUGCAGUUGACGCGGCUAUUGCCAGCACGCUGUGCAUCGGAAUUCUGCAGGCCCAUUCAUCAGGCAUUGGAGGCGGCGGCUUCAUGCUGAUCCGGCCUUCGGAUGGUAGCGCGCCCGUCCUGAUCGAUUUCCGCGAGGCCGCUGGUUCUGCUGCCAAAGCAGACAUGUUUUUGCACAACAUCACCCUGGCCCAGGUUGGCGGACUGGCUGUGGGCGUGCCUGGGGAGAUCGCUGGUCUCCACAGUGCGCACAAGCGCUUUGGCAAGCUGCCCUGGAAGCGUCUGUUUGAGCCAUCGAUUAGCCUGGCGCGCAAGGGGUAUGCGCUCAGCAGCGUUGUAUACGGACAACUCAAGAGACUCGAGGCGCAUGUGCUGAGCUCCCCUGGAUUCAAUACCACCUACACCGACGGCCGUGGCCAUUUGCUGCAGCCUGGCGAUAUUGUGCGGCGACCCGAGCUGGCCAGCACAUUGGAGGCUAUCGCAAACCACGGGCCGAAGGCAUUCUACUCGGGCAAACUUGCACAGAGUAUGGUCAACGCCAUUCGCGAGAACGGCGGAAUCCUGACUAUGGAGGACUUUGCGGCGUACGCUGCUGUCGAUCGCAAACCGCUUGAGACGUUCUACCAUGGCCGGCGGGUGAUCACGGGCUCGCCGCCUACCAGUGGAUCGAUCCUGCUCAACAUGCUUAACGUGGUCGAGGGAUACCCGCUGGCACGCGAAGGGCAGACUGCACUCAGCUACCAUCGCAUUGUCGAGGCCAUGAAAUUUGGCGCUGCGCAGCGCACGGUAUUGGGCGAUCCGUCAUUUGUGGACGUCGCAGCCAAUGUGUCCAAGCAGGCCAGCAAAUACUUUGCCUCAGAUAUCCGCCACAACAUCUCCGAUACGCACACCUUUGGCGUCGCGCAUUACGACGCAGAGUACGAUAUUCUCAAUAACCAUGGCACUACACACCUCUCAGUGCUCGACAGUGAUGGUGCCGCUGUGGCACUGACCUCGACAGUCAACUUGGAAUUCGGCUCGCGCAUCAUGGACCCAGUCACCGGCGUGAUUCUUAACGACGAGAUGGACGAUUUCAGCACCACAAACCAAACCAAUGGCUUCGGCUUACGUCCAUCGCCGCACAACAAGAUUCCAACCAUCAUUGAGCACAACGGCGAUGUCGAGCUGGUUGUCGGUGGCAGUGGCGGCAGCCGGAUCCUGACCUCGGUAUUGCAGGUUAUCGUCAACGUGUUUGACUUUGGCAUGCGUUUAGAUAACGCCAUUGACACGCCACGGCUUCACCAUCAGCUUCUGCCCCAUCAGCUCAGGCCCAGCAUUUCGCAUGCACUGGCCACGUCAUACGUGGUGCAGGCUGUGCACCGCCUGCACGAUGGCACGAUACAUGCAGUCAGCGAUGCGCGCAAGCACGGCCUGGCCGCUGGCUACUGAUAUCCGGCGCUGUACUCUUAGAGUUGCCCGAAAUGAAUGCUUUGAAACUGCCAUUCUAUUGAAUUCUGAUAAUGCUCUCAAUAUCGCCC